AACCUCGUGGUUCUGGUUUCAAACUCGUUGCCACUUCAAGCUUCUCUAGUUGAAUUGUCUUCAUUAUUGGUCCCACAACCUCAAAACCCUAACGCAUUUCUUUCUCUGUAUCUUCAUUUCGGUUUUUCAAUGGCUGCCUCGGCGACGUUCUCCAUCUCAUCAUCAUCAUCAUCGUCUACCCUCGCUUUCUCCUGCAAAAUUCAGAAACCAUGUUUCUCGAGAUCAGCUGUCUCCUUAAGACCUAUUUCCGUUAAAGCGUCUUCAACUUCUCUAGUCUCCGUCGUCGAUCAACCAUCGACCCCGUCAAAGAGUAGUAGUUGGCAGUGGAAAUUCAAGGACAAUUUGAUUAAUAUAUAUUAUGAGGAACAUGAGAAGGAGAGCCCUAAUCCUGCAAAAAAUAUCCUUAUGAUACCAACUAUUUCUGAUGUUAGCACUGUUGAGGAAUGGAGAUCAGUGGCUAGAGACAUUGUUCAGCGUGAUGGUAAUGUCGCUUGGCGGGCUACUCUUGUUGAUUGGCCGGGCUUGGGGUACUCUGAUAGGCCAAAGAUGGAUUACAAUGCUGAUGUCAUGGAGAAGUUUGUGUUCGAUUUCAUUAAUGCAACUGAUAGCCCAAUAAGCCAUGCAGGAAAUGAGUUGGUGGUUUUUGGAGGAGGGCAUGCAGCAACCCUAGUUGUUCGUGCUGCCAAAAAAGGGUUGGUGAAGCCAAAAGCCAUUGCUGCUGUUGCACCUACCUGGGCUGGUCCUCUUCCAAUUGUGUUUGGCCGAGAUUCCAAUAUGGAGACAAGAUAUAGUCUCCUAAGGGGCACCUUAAGGGCCCCAGGUGUUGGGUGGAUGAUGUAUAACAUGCUUGUCAGCAAUGAGAAAGCAAUUCAGUCUCAGUAUGUAUCCCAUGUAUAUGCAAACCCUGAAAAUGUUACUCCUGAUAUUAUUGGAAGCAGAUAUGAGCUAACAAAGCGAAAAGGAGCCCGUUAUGUCCCCGCAGCCUUCUUGACUGGUCUUCUUGAUCCUGUUGCUUCUCGACAGGAGUUCCUUCAACUUUUUGCAGAUUUAGAGGGAAAGAUACCAAUUCUUGUAUUGUCAACAGAGGGUUGUCCAAAAAGGUCAAAAGCAGAGAUGGAAGAACUCAGGGGAGCCAAAGGAGUGAGCAAAUUUGUGGAAAUUCCCGGUGCUCUGUUGCCACAAGAAGAGUACCCUACAAGAGUUGCAGAGGAGCUAUACCACUUUUUGCAAGAAAAUGUGCAAUUGAGGGCUUGAAAUCAACAAUUCAUGGAGAUUUUGAGUGCCAAGGGGCAGAGGUAUUUUGUUUCUCCCAUCUAUUAUCCCAAACACAUUAGUUUCUUUGUCAUUAAAAUACGCUCUGGAGAUUUUGUGCAUAGCAAAUUCAUACUUCAGACAGAAAGUUUGUACAAUUAUAUAUUUGCCUAUAUAUAGAAAUGUCUAGAAAAGGACUGAACCCUGGUAUCUUAGCGAA